AUGAAGUCGCUUUCAUUUUGUAUAUUACUUGUUCAUUGUUGUUUUGGAAAUACUUACUCAACACUCAAAGAAGCUUGUUUGGCAGGGUAUUACAAAUCUGGUAGUGUUUGUUUGCCUUGUUCAGCGGGAACGUAUUCUUCAAGUAUCGAUUCAUCGACUUGUACAACAUGCAAAAAUGGCACAUUUUCAUUAGAAAAAGCUACCUCAUGUACUCCAUGUAACACAACAUGUGCAACAUGUUAUAAAGAUAAAAACAAUUGUACGUCUUGUUUUGCUGGUUAUGAAUACUAUUCAAAUAACAAAAAGUGUGUGGCAUGUGAUACAGGAUUUUACUCUGAUGGUGGUACCAAAAAGUGUUCGAUGUGUGAAGACAAUUAUUACACUGAUGAGAUCGCCACUAUAAAUUGCAAGAAAUGUGAUUCGUCUUGUUUGACUUGUGGGAAGAUAAAUGGGAAAUGUCUUCAGUGCUACAGUGGGUCUAUGAUUGUUGGUUCUCUAUGCCAAAAAUGUCCAGCCGGGACGUAUCAAAUUGGGGUUUAUAUAUCAGAUUGUGUUUCGUGUGGUGUUUUUGAAUACUCCUUUGAAGGUAGUACCAAGUGUACUUCCUGCAGCCCAAGUUGCAAAAACUGCUCAUCGACCACUGGUAAUUGUACAUCAUGUUACAAAGGAAUGUUCAUAACAUUACUUGGUUUUUGUGAGUCAUGUGAUGCUGGGUAUUAUCUAAAUGGAAAAACGUGCUCUAAAUGUCCAUUGGGAACGUACACAUCAACAAAGAACCAAACAAGUUGUUCGGUCUGUGCAACUAAUUAUUAUGCAAAUACUGAAGGAUCAACACAGUGUACUAAAUGUUCUUUUUUAUGUCGAAGUGCAUGUAUUGUAACUACUGGAAAAUGUGUUGAUUGCAAAGCUGGAUAUAUUUUAAACAAUGGAAAGUGCCAAAUCUGUCCCGCUGGAACUUGGGCAAAUCAGAAGACAAAAAAUUGCGAUGAAUGUCCUUUGGGGUCGUUUUCAGCAAGUAACGGUUCUUCAUCUUGUACAUUAUGUCCAGAUAAAUACUAUUCUAACACCAUCAGUUCAACUGAAUGUCAAAAGUGUUCUUCUACUUGUCAAACAUGUGACCCUCAAAGUGGGUUUUGCACUUCUUGUAUUUCUGGAUAUGGUCUCCGUGCCGAAUCCAGUUUGAGUUGUAAAAUUUGUCAAAUGGGAUAUUAUUCCUCUGAUAACCAAUGUACUUCAUGUCAAAACAUGACGUUCCAAAAUCAAACCAAACAAACCAAAUGUUUAUCAUGUGAGAGUGUUUGUUCAGGUUGCUCUAAAAUUACAGGAAAUUGUUUGUCUUGUAUUUCUGGAUAUGGGUUUUACACUAACAAAUGUAUUUUAUGUCCCAAUUUGACAUAUUCAACUGGUGGGACAUCUACAUGUUUAAAUUGUAAUACAAAUUGUGUAAAAUGUGACAGAAAUAAUGGAAUUUGUUCCGAGUGUGAAAGUGGGCAGAAAAGGGUUGGAAAUGUUUGCACUUCUUGUUCUCAAACUGGAUUUUGUGAAUCGUGUAGUACAAUUACCAUUGAAAGUGAUCGAACUUGUUCAAAAUGUGUUUCUGGCUAUUAUCCCGAGUCUGGGAAUUGUUAUAACUGUAGUAAAAUAUCUUCUAAUUGUACUUCUUGUUCACAAACAACCGAAGAAUGUCUUUCAUGUGCAAAUGACUUAAUUUCAACAGGAACCACUUGUACAUCAUGUGACACUGGAAGUGUAAAAACAAGUCAAACAACUUGCAAAAAAAUGCUUUGA